UUUACCUUUUACCACAACCUUCUCCAACUGACGAUUUGGCUUUGUGCUUCCUUACACUCUCAUUAUCUACCUUCAUUUUUACGAAUGGUUUUAAUUUCUUUCCUCGCCUCGGCCCUUUUAGCUCUGCCAGGUCUUGCCACGCAACACAGCAACAACCCUCACCGUCACCGUGGAGUGGCUAGAAAUCUCGAGUUGCAGAAGAAAAAUGACGUUGGCAAUACAUCCAAUCUGUCCAAGAGGGACUUCAGUGGCAGAAUGACUUAUUACCAAACUGGAACGGGUGCAUGUGGUCUAUUCAACAACCCUACCGAUCCCAUUGUCGCUUUGAAUUCUGCUCAAUACGGAGGAGGAUAUCCUGGCCCUUCCUGCUUCAAAUGGAUCACCAUCUCCUAUGGAGGAAAAACAGCCCAGGCUCAGGUUACGGACGAGUGUCCAACUUGCGACUAUGGAGACUUGGACCUGUCGCAAACCUUAUUUGAACACUUUGAGCCUACUAGCGUUGGUGUCUUCCAAGCAAACUGGUGGUUCAACGAUGGUCCUGGUGGAGGCGGUGAUCAGCCAACCAGUACCUCGCAGACUCAGGAAACUACUUCGCAACCUCCUCCUCCUCCCGAAACUACCACCAGCACCUGGACUCCUCCUCCCGAGACUACCUCGACCCAUAAUGAACCUACAUCUACCUCGAGCACUUGGUCUGAAACUACCUCGUCCACCAGUAGUGCAACUAGCAGUACCCCGACCACUACUAGUUCCGAGAUAACCUCCACCAGCUCCACUUCUACUUCUUCAUCGACAUCGACAUCUUCCACAGAAAAUGCCCAGCCCACAGGUGUUGCUGUUGUUUUUGCCGAGGUCUUGGGGAACUUUGGUGAAUUAGUUGCUGCGGCGGCCACUAUCAAGGCUUGA